AUGGCGACUGCACAAGCUCAGAAGAGCGAUACGACGCUCCAAGACUACACCAUUGGAUGGAUCUCUGCACUUCCAAUAGAGCUUGCUGCGGCCAAGGAGAUGAUGGACGAAAUACACCCGAACAAGCCGAACGCAGUUGCUGGAGACACAAACACUUAUGUCCUCGGGCGAGUUGGUGACCACAACGUUGUACUUGCGUGCCUGCCCAGUGGAUCAUAUGGCACCAAUUCCGCCGCCGUUGUUGCAUCCCACAUGAUGAGAACCUUUCCCAACCUUCGUUUUGGCUUGAUGGUCGGCAUUGGAGGAGGCGUGCCAAGUAAAAGUCAUGAUGUUCGGCUUGGGGACGUGGUCGUCAGCAAACCACAAGGGGAGUUCGGCGGCGUUAUCCAAAUCGACCUUGGAAAGGACACAACCCAGGGCUUUGAGCGGACCGGCAUGCUCAACAGACCACCAGACCUGCUUUUGACUGCUCUUGCAGAGAUGGAGGCCGAAAGUGUUUUCAAUGAAUCUGGAGCACUCCCGGAUAUCCUUGCUGGUAUUCGACGGCGAUGGCCGCAAAAGGCCGAGGAGAUCUCAUACGACUCGGCAAAAGACAAGCUUUAUGAGGCUAGUUACAACCAUCCCUGGGGCAUGGACACUUGCGAGAGCUGCGAAGAGUGUAGACUUGUCGAAAGAUUAGAACGUCCUGGGACUGAUCCUGUUAUCCAUUACGGGCUCAUCGCUUCUGGAAAUCAAGUUCAGAAGAACGGGCCAAACAGGGACCGUCUGUGGAAAGAGUUUGGAGUCCUUUGCUUCGAAAUGGAGGCUGCCGGCCUCAUGAAUCACUUUCCUUGCAUUGUGAUCAGGGGGAUUUGCGAUUAUGCAGAUUCACACAAGAACAAGCGCUGGCAGCUGUACGCUGCUAUGGUAGCAGCAGCCUACGCAAAGGAAUUGCUGGGGAAGGUAACACCAACGGCGGUCGAGAACGCCGACCUCGCGAACAAGAUUUGCGACCGGCUACUCUCUGAUAUCGACGAUCGCCUGGAUCCACUUUUGAAUGCUCGGCAGAGUAAAGAAGAUGAAAAGAUCCUUGACUGGCUCAGCAAAUCAGCGCACAGAGAAAAGCACAAGAACGUGCAUGUAGAGCGCAAAGGAAAUGCUGGCCAGUGGUUCCUAGACUCUCAGGAAUUUCAAGAAUGGCUCAAAUUAUCAAAGAGCACGCUUUUCUGUCCAGGAAAACCGGGUGCUGGGAAGACCUUUGUGGCAUCCCGCGUCAUUGACGAACUGUUGUUUGUUCAUGAGAAAGAUAGAGACACGGCGGUGGUCUAUCUAUACUGCGAAUACGCAAGGCAGUCCGAGCAAACCAGCACCAGUCUUGUCGCAGCUCUACUAAGACAGCUAUCAGCAUACAAAGCCUCGCUUCCUGCGGCGCUGAGAAAGCUUGCCCGAGAAUGCAAAUUUCGCCAGGGCGAGGAACGCCUACCUACCUAUAGCGAGUUGAACACUACUCUUAUAGACGUUGCACAGGACUACCGCCGUAUCUUUCUUGUCGUGGACGCCCUUGACGAAUGUUCCAAUGAAGCCCUCCUUGAGCUGGUUUCCUCAAUCCAGGAUUUCUAUGGGAGAGCCGCAGUCUCCCUGAUGCUAACAUCACGAAAUGUUCCUGAGGUUACCCAGCUCUUGGAAUGGGACAUCCAACUGAGAAUCGAAGCGAGCAAGGAAGACAUCAGAAUGUAUCUUGACACGAGGAUCCAAGAAAUUGCAGUGCUUCGCAAAAAUUCAUCUCUGACGAAAGAGGUUGUAGAAGGCAUCACGGAAGGAGUUGAUGGAAUGUUCCUGCUGGCAAAGCUACAUUUCGACACUUUGAGCCAAGCACACACUCCCGGUGAUAUCAGAAGAGCUCUUCGAAAUUUUAGGAGCGCUCCACAGGGCCAGUCUAAGCUAGAAAAGGCCUACCGAAAUGCAAUCGAGCGCAUCGAACAGCGCGACCAGGACUGCGCAUGGGCGUACAAAAUUCUGACUUGGGUCGUCUAUGCCAUUCGGCCUCUAAGUCCAUGGGAGCUGCAACACGCACUUGCCAUCAAACCUGGAAAGGACUCAAUUGACGAGGAUGACUUUGCAGACCCCGCCGACGUCAUUUCACUUUGUGCCGGGCUUGUCACCAUCAAUGAAGAGACCAACACCGUGCAACUGGUUCACUAUACCACAAAGGAAUUUUUCGAGAACAACAGACCGGAAUGGAUGUUUAAAGCACAUGAAAAGAUGGCAAUCUCCUGUCUUACAUACCUCUCUUUUGGAGAAUUUGCCGUCACCCGCCCAUUGAACUAUGCUUGGAAUACCAGUAUUAUUUUAGGGGUCUUUUCCACGCGGUGGGCAUUCUUUCAAUACGCUUACCGGAACUGGGGCCACCACAUUAAACGCUGCAGUGACGACUCCUGGAAAGACUUUGAGGAGUUGCUGCUCAUGUUCUUGGGAAGCAAGAACCACAUUAUUGGGGCCUGUUAUACGAAUGAAUGGAUGCCGGGUUAUUCACAGAAUUGGCGAUGGUCUCACUACCUCGCGAGCUUUGGACUCAGCAACAUAUUCGAAUACAUCGUCAAAGAUCACCUCGGGCACAGCUUCACAAGCUCCGACAUUGACUACGCGGAUAGCUUUACGGAUACUCCUCUAUGCGUGGCCAUCGAGUAUGACAGCGUGGAUGUUGUUCGCUUCCUUCUUAACUUGCGCUCACCGUGCGAUGUGAAUAUCAACUAUUCACGUUAUGAAUGGACAGCUGUUGGCCGCGCAAUCGAGAAGGGGAACUACGCAAUAGUGAAGCUAUUCACUGAACUCCCUGCCGAUAGAUUGGACCUCAGCGCACAUCCACAUCCAUGGUAUCCGGAGUUCUCACCGCUUAGUCUAGCUGUCAAGAACGGAUUUAGCGACAUUGUGAAGCUACUCAUAGACCUUGGACCGGAUAGAGUGGACCCAAAUGGCGGCCAUGACAAUUGCUUGACAAAUCCAUUUCAGCGUGCCGCAGAAAAUAACGACUGCAACAUGAUGCGACUUCUACUUUCCUCCUGUCCUACCAUCGACCCGGAUGCUGGCGGCCUUCAACACCAGACUCCACUCAUGAGAGCGGUCAAUAGAGGCCAUUCGGAUGCCGCGAAAUUUCUCGUAGAUCUCGGUCCAGAGCAGGUCAACGGCAAUGCGCGCGAUUCUGACGGUAAAACAGCUCUUCACCACGCAGCAUACAAAGGGCACGCUGCCAUUGUGGAGGCACUUGGGAGUCUACACGUCGACAGAGUUGACAUCGAUGCACAAGACGCAUACGGCCGCACACCAUUGUAUCUGGCAGCAAUGCGAGGGCAUGAUGCGGUGGUUGAUGCGCUGAUCCGCAUCGAUGAAGGAAGAGUGAAUUUUAACCAGAAGAUUCGUCAUGGUGAAUGGACACCCCUGUUAGAGGCAGUGUGGAAAGGCCAUGUCAAGGUCGUCAAGUCACUUUGUAGUCUCGGUCCAGAAAAGGUAGAUGUCAAUGCGCGCAUGUCGGAUCGCGGAACGGCUCUGCAUCUUGCUAUAGUAAAAGGGAGUUAUGAGAUUGCGGAGCUUCUCAUUGGCCUCGGGGAAAGAGUCGAUUUUGAUAUCAAGGACGCGGAUGGUGACACAGCAAGAAGCUUAGCAGCUUUCUCACGGCCGGAAUUUGUAAAGCUCUUUCCUGAAAACACUAGGUAG